AUGUCUAAAGAAAUUGCGGGCGGUGCCCCGGGGGCCGAUGGGAGCGCGGAGCCGCCGCUGCGAGUUUCAAAGCGGCAGUCCCAGGUACUUACUGCCUCCAUGCUCAGUGCUCGGCCCAGGAGUAGGAGGAGGGUCGCCCACUCCAGCCCUCCAUCCCCAACCAGCUCUGAGGAUGAGCAGCCUUUGAGCUCCUCCACUUACUCCUUGCUCUCCCCCAUUUACCAUCAGAGCUUCCAGAGCUGCAAUGAGGAGGAUAGGGAGGAAGUGGCACUAUCAGCUAGGGGGCAAAGAACCUUCAAGAGGAAUAAACACAAUAGUAAUGCUGAAAGCUGUAAUGUAACAGAAAAGAAAAAGCAGUCACCUCUGACAGAUAAUCUUUCGCCAUGGGAAGAAUGGUUCAUUUGCAAAGAGAGAGAGUUACGUGUCCGCUUACAAGCCAGAGCUUUAGAGGAAAGAAAGGAAAAGGAACGAAAGCUCAUCAAAAAAAUGGCAGAAAAAGCAGCGAGAGAUCUAGAAAGAAUCCAAUUGCAGGAAAAAGCUAAAGGAAAGUAUAAAGAAUGGUUAAAGAAGAAAAGAGCUGAAGAGUCUGAGAAGAAGAAGAAAGAGGAGGAAAAGGAACAAAAAAGGGUAGCUGAAUUACAGGAGAAAAAAGAGAAAUCAGAGAAGAUAUUUAGAGAGUGGCUACAGAAUGCCAGAAAUAAGCCCCGCCCAGUUUUACACGGUUAUGGCUAUACCAAUGGGAAACUUCCAGGAUACCCCAAAGGAAAUUCAUAUCCAGCUCCAGCCUAUUGUAACCCUAUUCCCUGGAAACCAAUUCAUGUGCCACCGCCUAAGGAAGACAAGAAUGUUACAGUGAAAAAAAAUAAGAGACCUAUAUCCAGUCAGUCAUAUAGGUCCUCAACUAUGGUAAUCCAUAAACCCAAGAACAAUCUUUGUAUUGGAUCAUUGCACAGAAAACAAAGAUAGUAUAGGAAGCAAAAUAACUUUUUUUUUAUUAGCUUGAUUUAACUAGGUUUUAAAGUACAAAAGUUAUUUCUUGGUUAAGUGUUUCCUUAAAUGUUAAAAAAAAAAUACAGUGUUGAAAGACAAAAUGUUACCAGCUUUUAACAGUUGUGAUCGUUUAAUGUUAGCUAAGGAAUAUCUUUUCCAAAGACUUUUUAACUGAGUUAUUUUAACACUUAGAAAAUUAUCUUUUAAAAAUAUGUGAACCAGUUUUUUUAGUCACUUAAGUGACCUUUAUGUUUAUUUUUAAAAAUUUUAUAUGUAGCCAGUUAUAUUGCAACCACUCCUUGAUAUCAAUAAAACAUUAGUGAUUAGUUUUUGUGAUUCUUCAAAGGGGUGUGAUGGUUUUUGUUUUGUUUUUUUUAAAUGUGUUUUCGGUG